AAGUGCGACCGCAGCGACACGUGGUUGACGGUGAUUGUGGUUGUGGUUACAACGUAUGUUUCGUCCAGCUUUUUAUAUAAAAAAGCAGAUUUUGGACAAAUUCAACAUUUUAACAGUGGUUUAACACGUGGACGAGUUUCAGAGAGACGGUUACAACACAAUGUGUGGAAUUUGGGCUUUGUUUCAUCCUCAAAAUGGCAAUAUCCUUCUGAAGGAUUGUACCGACAAUGUAAUGAAAAUAAGACACCGGGGACCUGAUGCUUCGCGUGUCGAGACAGACAAGCGAGUCACUAACGGUUGUGUGGCAUUUCAUCGAUUGGCUAUAGUUGAUUGUAUUUACGGAAUGCAACCGAUGCGACUUCACCAGUUUCCUUUAACUCUCCUAAUAUGCAACGGCGAGUUAUACAAUUGCAAAGAAUUGGAAAAACAACAAGGUUUCAAAUACGAAACUUAUUGCGAUGUUGAAUGCAUCACUCAUCUUUACCACAAACUUGGUAUUGAAGGUUGCGUCAAACAUUUGGAUGGUGUUUUCGCUUUCUGUCUCAUAGAUAUGGAAAAACAGAAAGUCUUUCUGGGGAGAGAUCCAUACGGAGUACGUCCCUUAUUCAAACUGACGAGUUCGGACGGAAUGUUGGGUAUUUGCUCAGAAGCCAAAGGUAUAAUCGGUUUGGCGAGGGAAGAAAACGGUGAAAAGAAAAUAAUCAAACCUUUCACACCCGGAACUUUCGAAGAAUACGACUUAGUAAAGACAGGAGGUGUGAAAUUAGUACGGAAACAUACCUUUCAUCAGCCUGGAGACAAACCAAUUUUUCAACCUUUCGUUUUGUACGAGGAGCUUACACACGAUCCUUUGGAAAACAUAAGAAAAUUGUUAACAACGGCCGUAAAGAAACGUUUAAUGGCAAACCGUAGGAUUGGUUGUUUCUUGUCAGGGGGAUUAGAUUCAUCUCUUAUUGCCUCGCUGCUGGUCAGAGCGGCGAAAGAAGUGAAUCUUCCGUACAAAAUUCAAACGUUUUGUAUCGGGAUGAAUGACAGUCCUGAUGUGAUAGCCGCACAAGAAGUGGCCGACUUUAUCGGCACCGAGCACCACGUGAUCACUUUCAGCGAAGAAGACGUAGCUCGAGUCCUUGAUGACGUUAUUUAUACUCUCGAAACUCCCGAUAUAACCACAAUUAGGGCGUCAAUUCCUAUGUAUUUGAUUUCGAGAUACGUGUUGGAGAACACUGACACUACAGUUCUCUUCAGUGGAGAGGGCGCUGAUGAGCUUUGUCAAGGCUACAUCUACUUUAGAGAUGCUCCAAGUCCGCAAGCGGGCCACGACGACAGCAUCCGUCUCCUUAAAGAGAUCUACCUUUUUGACGGUUUGAGAGGCGACAGAACUACUUCUGCCAGUAGUCUUGAACUCCGAUUACCCUUCCUCGACUUACAGUUUACUCACUAUUACCUCAGUCUUGACCCGAAGUUGCGUCAACCGAAAGAUGGCGUUGAGAAGUUUUUGAUAAGAUCGGCGUUUGACAAGACGGGAGUGUUGCCAGAUCGAAUUCUUUGGAGACACAAAGAGGCUUUCAGUGAUGGGGUGGCAUCUAAGAAAAAAUCGCUGUUUCAAUUUUUGCAGGAAAUUGUAGAGAAGAGGAUGCCCGAACCGUUCGAUUUAGAAGUUGCGAAAAAGAAGUACCCGCAUUGUACUCCUAAUAGUAAAGAGUCGCUUUAUUAUCGCGAAGUUUUCGAAAAGAGUUUUCCGCAUGCGGCCGAGAAGUUUAUCCCGUUUUAUUGGAUGCCGAGAUGGGUCGAAGGAGUCACUGAUCCUUCGGCGAGGUUUAUCAAGCACUAUGCAGCUCCUCAGAAGUGAGCAAAAGUACAAAUUUGUAAAUUAUAAAUAAAUAAAAUUUUCUCGAAUA